AUUGAAGAAAUCGUAUUUUGUGAUCAAUUUUAUAGAAAUAAAAAAAAUGCUAAAUAAUAAAACACGCGUCAUUCAAAGACAUGCGGUGUGAUAUUGUGCAAAAACAAAUAGGAAAUGUUUUGUCUGUCAUUUCGUUCCCACAGAGGCUGAUGGCAUGAGCUAAUCGAUAAUGAGGUUGCUUAUAUUAUUAAGGUGCCACGCCCCCUCCUUGUGUGGAUUUAUGGGGUUCUAGGAAAUACAGUAUUGCCCUGUUAUAAUAACCCUCCUCUCCUGUGGCACGCAUCAAUUCUUCUCUCUUUUCUGGACAGCUAUCUUCACUCUGAGCAACAGCAUGAACCCAAGCCUUCUGGACCACAGCAUGCAUCAUUUCCCCAGCAGCACCUACCCAGAGGACAGAGCAGAGCAUCCUCCCUCCUUUCUACACGACAACACAUGCAACUCGUCCACCCCUCCAUCCUCCUCUCGCUCAAGCGGAGGAUCCCUUAUCUCUAUGCUCCUACAGAAAACCGUUGAGAGUGAACAGACCCUCCUCCAGGAGAGCUCUGCUGCAUAUUACAACCCCGAGGCGCAUAUUUCCUUCUCUGCCUUGACGAGCCCUAGACUGGUGGAUCAUCACAGCAGCACUUCUUCCAAGAGCAGCAGCACCACCAUGGAGCCUCUGUCUCCAGCCAGCCAGGCAUCCACCGGGGCCAGCCCCAAUGGAGCCGGGUGGAACCAGGACUGGACCCUGGAGCUGGGGGAUAGACGUCAGGCAAAGCGUGCCAGAGUAGAGAACAUCAUCAGAGGCAUAGCAGUCUCUCCUCCCAGUCCCAGUGUUCAUUGUACACAUGGAGAAACCACUCCUUCCGAUGACCUUCAGAGUGAGACAGUGGAAAACAAACAGGAGAGCAAAAGGAAACAGAGGGUGCCGCAGCACCAGGACCUCCUGAGGACGGGGGGCGCUAGCGGAAAGAGUACGGACGAAGGCCAUCACCUGAAGAAGCAGCUUCAGACCAUGCAGAGGCUCCUGGGUCAACUCCAGGCCAGGUUCAUCCAGAUCUACGAGUAUCAGACUGAGUCUCAGGAGGACGUCAGGGAUGGGACGUUUUCAACAGGUGCAAUGGAGGACGACCACCAAAGUACUUGGAACAAAGGAUACCCGGAGACAGAGGUGUUUAUGGACCCUUACAGUGAGUUUAACAAUGGAGGGCCUUUAGAUAGAGGUCAUCUGGGGUGGAAGAAUCACAAGCAAACUGACUACAUCCACUCAAACCCAGACAAAGAAGACAAACUCCUAGCAGAUAUUCUCAAGUAUGAGCUCUCCAGAGCCGUAAACUCAAGCGUUGACUCGAUUUUCAAAAACAUAUCACAUACAUUAUUCAAGGCACCACAGCUACACAUCAAGGAUGGGGGAAUGGCGGAAACAGACGAUGAGCCCGUGUUCCUCAGCUCUCAUGAGCCAGCAUCAUCAUCCACCCACGUAGACAGCAUGUCACGACUCCCCCCGUGUUCCAAGAGUGGUAUGGCCCAACAACUACCAGAGAUUCAAACCGAGGCUCUAUCUCUGGUUGUUCAAAAGCCUGCUUCAAUGACUCGCCCAUGUUCUCUAAACCUGACAUUGAAAAGGCCUCUCCUCCUAUACAACCACCCCACUGAUCUACAGGAAGACCACCAAGUACUGGAUAACCUGAAACACAAUGGUUUCCAUCACGAUACCUUCGGAGGGCUCCCGUGUAGACCUACUACCAUGGGUCUACCUACCCCAGAGAUGGUUGACUUAUUGUGGGAUCCGGUCAAAGUGAAGUCCAAGGUGACCUCCAGGCCACCCAGGAGUCCACAGGUUCACCACCCCACAGCCACAGGGCAUAAUAUGCUUCUGGACAGUCUCGGUCUCCCUCACGUUAAGAUGGAGUAUGGUAGCUUUCAGAGUAUGGUGAAGAGGACCUCAUAUGUGCUGAAUGAGGGUCUGACCACACACCACCUGAAGAAAGCCAAGUUGAUGUUCUUCUAUACUCGCUACCCUAGCUCCAACGUGCUCACAGCCUUUUUCUCCGAUAUCCAGCUCACUCGGUGUAUCACGUCCCAGCUGAUCAAAUGGUUCAGUAACUUCAGAGAGUUCUACUAUAUUCAGAUGGAGAAGUUUGCCCGCCAGGCCCGAGUGAAGGGAGUUAACAGUGUGAGGGAUGUAGCAGUGACGAGAGACUCGGAGCUCUUCAGAGCCCUCAACAUGCAUUACAACAAGGCCAAUGACUUUCAGGUUCCUGACAGGUUCCUUGAAGUGGCUGAGAUCACACUACAGGAGUUUUACAUCGCCAUCUCCCUGGCCAGAGACUCAGACCCAUCCUGGAAGAAAGCCAUCUAUAAGGUCAUCAGUAAACUGGACAGUGACGUCCCGGCUGAAUUCAAAGCCCCCCUCACACCAUAGAAAGAAAGAGACAGAGGGAGGCUGCCUUAUUUAAAAACAAAGUGUAUUUUCCCGCAUGGGCCAUGUAUCGAAGCCAUGCUAAAAGUACAACAGCAGGACAGGGUACCCGGUGUUUCAAUAUAUGGUCAAUGUGGAAGGUUCUGUAAAUCGGUUUUGGUAAAACAGUAUAAGGUAAAUAAGCAUGGUUAACCCCAUUUCCCAUUCAGAGGUCCGCCGUGUGAAAUGUGUGGGUGGCUGUACAGUAGGCCUAUGUCACAGCUGCGUUUUUAUAUUCACAGUAGGAGGAUUGUAGAGCAAAUUGCAAUGUAGUUUCAAUAAAAUAAAAAAUAAAAUGAAUGUAUACAAUUUUGAUUGAUAUUUAGGCAUGCGUUGCUGUAGAAUCUAUUAAUUAAAUCCAUGUUGGCGCAUGUACAUUAUACACACAACUAUAGAGAGAAGUGGAUGCUAAUGUCAG